AUGGGGACCAAAAGGCUCCACAAGUCAAACAGAAAUUAUGUCCCUUAUCAAGAUGAUGAACCAUUUGAAUGUAUCGGCGUGUCUCUGAGCUCGGCCGCUACCCGGAUCGGAGCUUUUCACGCGGCGAGACGCGACCUCUCUCAGAUCGGCGUGUCACUGAGCUCGGCCGCUACCCUUUUCAGCGUCGAACCAGAUCUCAACUCCUCCCAUCCAGACGCGAUCCCGAGUGAAGCCGAGGUGGUCUCUUGCCCGGCAAGGGGCGUAACUGGAGGGGUCGUAGCUGAGGUCGGCGGAGUGGGAGCACCGGCGAGUCCUUCCGAUCCGGGUCAAAUCGGCGACGGAAGGAGCUCGGCCGUAUGCCUGAAUCGGGCAAGGGGACCGAAGAAAGUUACCGGACAAGGGGACCUAUAUAAUCCCGGAAACAUGCAAGACGGUAGGGCCGAAGAAAGUUACUCGGAACCAGAAAAUGGAAUUGCGGAACACCUGAGUAAAAAUAAACAAUACCCAUCGGACAGUGAUGAAACAAAAGAGAAAACUCAAGGAAAGGAUGAGAAUAGUUUGGAUAUGUUGAAAAAUACACUGAAGUUUGAACACAGUUUCUCCAAUCAGUGUGCUGGUGGGAAACUCUGGGUGCUUUGGGGAGGUGGCUUACAUAUCACAGUCACUAAUUUCAGCUCCCAACACAUCACCAUUUCUUUGGUUAUAAAUUCUCAACAUUAUGUCAUAUCAGUAGUUUAUGCCAGAUGUAGUUAUUUGGAAAGGCGAGAACUCUGGAGGUCGUUACAUUUGGAUGCCGUGCAAGAUAUUCCUUGGCUAUGCCUUGGAGAUUUCAACAUUACUCGCAGGGAGGAGGAGAGAAGAGGCGGGCGACCUCGUUUGAGGAUUGCUAUGGAUGAUUUUAAUGAGUUUAUUGAUACUUGUGGACUCAUGGAAAUGAAGUCAGUAGGAAGUAAAUUCUCUUGGUGCAAUGGUCAGAGGGGUCUCUCUAGAAGUUGGUCUAAGAUUGAUAGAUGUAUGAUGAACUCACUGGCUGUCACCUCUUUACCAGAUGCCUUUUGCAGGUACUUGGCUCGCACGACUUCGGACCAUGCCCCAAUGUCGUUUGUCCUAAAAUCCCUUCAUACUCGGUAUGGCCCCACGCCCUUUAAGUUCCAACAAAUGUGGGCCUCUCAUGAGAACUUCAUAGAUGUGGUAAAGAAUGCGUGGAACGAGCCAAUUUUGCCCAGGGGUAUUUUCAGUUUGACUACCAAAUUGAAGAAAAUGAAAGGGAUCUUAAAGGAGUGGAACAGGCGAGUUUUCGGGCACACUGAAACCAACAUACAGAAUCUAGAGAAGCAGAUAGAGGAUUUAGAAAACCAACUACAGAUUGGUUUUUCGGAAUCUGUAGAAUCAGAAUUGGUAGUUGCUAGAGAAAAUCUUGAUACAUGGCUUCAGAGAGAAGAGAUUAGACUAAACCAACAGGCAAAGAUUAACUGGACAGAAAAAGGGGAGGCAUCGGCACAAUUCUUCAGGACCUAUGUUUCACGAUCCAAGCCUGUAGUUCAGGAGAUGCGAUGUCGGGAUGGUUCACAUCUGACCACUCCGGAAUCCAUUCAUUCAGGUGCAGUGGAUUUCUUUAGCACAUUCCUACAAGCGAGACCUCAUAGAGAUCUUCCAGAUUUGUCGACCUAUGUUCAUAUAACUAUUCUAGAAGAGGAGAAUGAUAGCCUCCUGAAGUUUCCUUCGAUCCAAGAGGUAAAAGAGGCUAUGUUUUCCAUCCCUGUGGACAGUAGUCCUGGCCCUGAUGGUUUUGGCUCAGGAUUCUAUAGAGUAUGUUGGGAUUUGGUUGAAGCUGAUGUGGUGGCAGCAGUUAGAGACAUGUAUAGUGGGGUCCCAAUGCCAAGAUUCUAUUCAGCUUCGUACAUCGCUCUCAUUCCGAAAAUGCAACAACCCACAGGUUUUGAUAAGUUUCGACCCAUAAGUUUGUGCUCGGUCAUAUACAAGGUAUUUGCAAAAAUUCUUGUGCGACGGAUGUCCCCUAUCCUAAGCAGAAUUAUAUCUCCUGAGCAAGGGGCUUUCUUGCCAGGGAGAAGCAUCUUUGAAAACAUCACUUUGGCCCAAGAAAUGAUCCAUAUGAUAAACAGAAAGGUCCGUGGGGGAAAUGUUCUCAUCAAAGUCGACAUAGCCAAAGCGUACGAUAGUCUUGACUGGGAUUUCUUAUUACAUGUUAUGACAUCUUUUGGUUUCUCAACCCGGUUCUGUGAAUUAAUCAGACAAUGCAUUUCGACUCCAUGGUUCUCAAUGGUCAUGAAUGGGUCGGCUAAAGGUUUCUUCCCCAGUGGUCGUGGAUUGCGUCAAGGUGACCCUUUGUCCCCUUACUUGUUCAUAUUAGUUCAAGAAACCUUGUCUCGCUUGAUAAAACAUAAUUUUGAGAUGGAAAAAAUUGCACCUUACUCCCACCCUCGGGGCACACCCCUGAUCUCCCAUUUAUUUUAUGCUGAUGAUAUAGUGGUCUUUGCAAACGGGGGUAGAGCUUCCCUGCAAGCCAUUUCUGACGUAUUUGCCUUGUAUGAAAGCUGGUGGGGUAAAGUGGUUAGUAAGGAGAAGUCUUCCAUUUUUUUCCCCAAGUAUGUCAACUCGGUCCGAAAAAGAAAUAUCCUUCAGUUGACCUCCUUCUCGGAAGGACUAUUUCCGGUUAAAUACCUGGGUGUCCCUCUAUUUAGUGGAAGGUUAAAGGUGUCUUAUUUUGAGGAUUUAAUGAACCGUAUCCGUGAUCGUCUAGAGGGGUGGCAAAAUAGGCUCCUAUCAGCAGGUGCUCGUCUUCUUUUACUACGCCAUGUGGUAUCAAGCAUCCCGGUCCAUCUACUCUCAGUGUUACAUACUCCCAAGAAAGUGGUAUCUUCGCUAAACAGGAUUAUGAGUAAUUUCUUCUGGGGUAUCUCAAAUGGCAAACAGAAACGUAAGUGGGUGGCCUGGAAAAAGGUUUGUAUGCCGACCAAGGAAGGGGGACUGGGCUUAAGAAAAUUUGAAGAAGUUCAGUCUUCACUAUUUAUGAAGCUUGCUUGGAAUCUGUUAUCCAGUGAUUCUCUAUGGGCAAAUUUUUUCAGGAAGAAAUACUGUAAAGGAGAACAUGUGACAUUAGUUGAUAACACUAAAGGAUCACCUCUCUGGAGGUGUAUAAUGACCAUGGUUCCGAAUAUUCUUAAUAAUGCUUGGUGGCGGGUUAGGGAAGGACAGGUUUCCUUUUGGCGGGAUCCUUGGUUAAAGACUGGCCCUUUGGUAGAGUCUUGCGAGAUGACUGCACAAUCGUCUUUAAGGUCGGCUUGGGAGUGUAUUCGGGUUCACGCGCCAAAAUCGGAAUGGGCAAACUGGAUAUGGCACCCCGCCCUUCCCAAGAAGUAUUCGAUUACAAUCUGGAAAGCUUUGAACCAUAGCCUUAGUGUGGAUGUUCGCAUUCGACACCUGGGAAUUCCCCUAGCUUCCAGAUGCGAGUGUUGUGAGCAUAGGUGUAUAGAAGAUCAAGACCAUGUCCUUGCUACAGGGAAGGUUGCUUCAGACGUAUGGAGACGCGCUUCUAUACUUAUGGGCAUGCCGUAUGAUCAUAGGAGACCGUGGAAGGCAAAUAUGGAACUAUGGUUUCGCAAAGCAUCACUUUCAACCCAAAAAGGUACGCUUCUAGGCAUUGUUCCUGUUAUUAUAACUUGGUCUCUUUGGGUUUGGAGAUGUAAAGCUCGUAUGGAAGGGAAGAUGCAAAAUGGGGAUCGAUUGUGGGGGACUAUAAAAGCUGCCUUAGCUUGGGUUGGUUUAAGAUUACGCACCAGCAAAAGGUUUAGUGAUGGGGAUGACAAAGUUUUACGUAACCUUGGUAUCCCGAUGAAAGUGGGACAUAAUACAUCACCUUGUUUGGUGAAAUGGAACAAGCCAAGUGUGGGGUGGGCUAAACUUAAUGUGGAUGGGAGCUCCUUGGGCAAUCCGGGUCAGAUGGGCGCUGGUGGCAUAAUUCGUGAUGAUAAGGGUCGUAUGAUGUGGGCCUACGCAAAAGAGAUGGAGGUUGGGACUAAUAAUGAAGCCGAACUACGAGCGUUGUAUUAUGGGCUAAAAUAUUGUAAGGAUUUAGCACUUGAGAAAAUAGAGAUUGAAGUGGACUCUUUGUUAGUUGCAAAUUGGUUGAGAGGAGGGAGAUGUAGCAUAUGGUACCUUGAAGACUACUGGGAAGAAAUACAGGACAUUCUAAAUACAUUGGUAUUUAAGGUGAUGCAUGUCUUUAGAGAAGGUAAUGCAGGGGCAGAUUUUCUGGCCCGCUUGGCUUCGGAAAAGAAAUCUGCAACUUGGGCUAAUUUCAACGAUGUUCCUCACAUACUAAAAGGAAUAUUAAAAGUAGACAAAAUGGGUCUGUAUGCACUCAGAAAGUAA